AUGACAGAAGAAGCCUGGCAAGCCUACGGACAGAGUAACACACCCGUAUCAAAGGAGAAAUUGCUCAUCAGUGGCGAAGCGCCAACAACUGUGUAUAAAAGGGGUUCAUGUGACGUGCUGUGGCCGAAAUCGCUGAAACGGAGCCAGACAGUUCGCCACUUCGACGCUGCAAGUUGCCAGCCCGCGUACUUACCCCCGACUGUCCAAAGUAUCAUGCCACAUGGAAACAAUUUUCUGGCUAUGUAG